AUUCGUGUUCUUCCGUUAACAUCGUUUUCGCCGCGAGCCGAGGCGAUAGUUCUAGUGAAAGCUUGAGAUCAUUUCGAUCGCCCCGCGGACUUUCGCGCUGUUAGGCGCGGUAAUAAAAUGCGAAUCUCGGGCAUGCUCGCGCCGCUUCAACGGAUUUCCGAACGGGAGACUCGCGAGUGAAGGUUCCGUGAUUACGAGUGAUUUGCCCCGAUCGAUCGUCGAUGGCGAAAUCCGCGGCAGAGAAUGGUGCGUUUAUCUGCGAGCGCGAUCUAUGACUUGGCGAACGUAUAGCGCGGGUGUGUGUUACGGAUCUGUAUUGCGAAUUGUGUUUGAUCUUCGACCGCGUGCACGUGUUCCUUCACGUGUUGCCGCUCCGAUUAUUUUCUGCGAAGGAUACAAGUCAAAGGAAUCCCUGCAGCUUUAAGUAUCCUGCACGAAAUUCUACCUACAGAAUCCUUACAUUCGAGUGUAUAAUCCCCACAAAUAUUCGACCUGCGUAUUUUAAGAUGCCCCGAUUUAUAAGCCAUCGGAUUAUCAGUCUGUUCACGCGAUAAAUCCCCAAGCGUUCUCUAAAUCCGUGAGUCUUUCGAUUCGCACGAUCCGCACAUUGGAAGACAACCAACCCUUGGACGAAUCUUUUUCCCGACAGUCGCUGAAGAUGCCUUGAUCGAGUCGAUUGCGAGUUUUCUGGUCCCGCAAAGAUGACGUCCGAUCGCUCUAUCUGUUUGCCAGUGUUCCUCUUCAUUAUCUGCAUUUCUCGCACCUUUGUUUUGGGCGAACAACAAUUUCUGGAGAAACCGCUACCCUACCAGGAAGUAUCGUCCGGCGAUGACGUGAAGCUACGUUGCAUAGUACAGAACAAGGGUGGCCAGUGCAUCUGGCAGAAGGACCGGAGACCGGUGGGCAUACAACCAGACAAGUACGAGUGGGCGAACAGCCGCGGCAGCGGCGACUGCACCCUUGUGAUAAGACGAGCCAAUUUAUAUUUUGACGAUGGCUUCUGGGAAUGCCAAGUUACUUCCAGCGACUUUACCCGCCAAGACGCACUCUCAUCCGAGCAGUCGAGAUUGCUCGUAAAGGUAAAACCUAAAGAACCUCAAUUGGAAUACGGGGGGGCCAUUUUGGGCGCCACCCUAACGCUGCAGGAGGGGCAGGAAGUAAUGAUUUCCUGCGUUUCAAAAUACGGAAACCCACCCGCCGUUAUCAAGUGGUUCAUAGGGAACAAGGAGGAGAAAUCUUACACGUCGCAAAGCAACGCAACGGAGGUGGAUAAUCCGAAAACCUGGGCAGCUCAUAGUUUUCUACGGGUGCGUGGUCGAAGGGAGAAUCACGGUCUGCCGAUCCGAUGUGUGGCCAUGCAUCCGACAAGCUUAACACCGAUGAGCACAGAGACGCGACUGGAUGUUCAUUAUUCGCCGGAAGUGCGACUCGAGAUGGGUCCGCAGCCGCUUAUGACCGCUCCGGAGGAUUCGGUGAGUUUCUUGAACCUGAAGUGCCUGGCGGACGCUAAUCCAGUCCCAAGCAUCAAGUGGUUCAAAGACUCGGUGCCGCUCGACCGCUUGUUAAUCGAUGCCACAUCUUCGCCGUCACCGUCGCUAACACAAGGCAAAACGACAGAGCUGAACGACACCGUGUGGAGUGCCAAAUUGCACUUCGAGCCGGUCACGAGGAAUGACGCCGGCCUGUACUCGUGCAAAGCGAUGAACAAUGUCGGUGAAAGCGCUCCCGCGAGUUACAGGCUCGAUGUCCAAUAUGGACCGAAGGAGAAGAGCAAAGACGGAAACGUCACGUCCAUGAACGUGGAAGAUAUGGCGUUGUUGAGUUCCGCCGUGGCCCCCUUUGAAUGCUCCGAGUUCGAAGCUAAUCCGUCCCCUCAAUACAGAUGGGUGCAUCUUCGCGGUAGCUUGGCAGAGCCGAUCGAGAAUCGCGUGCAGAACAAGGGCGGUGGGCGACGCCUCCACCUCGAGAACAUCAUGUGGUCCGACGAGGGAGAAUACCGUUGCAUUGCCUUCAACACAAUCAACGGUGUUAAACGAGAGACCUCCAGUAACAUACGCUACGUGCUGCACGUGACUGGACCGCCGGAGAUUCAGGUCAAACCAUUGCUAGGCGAGAACCUCUUCGAGUCCGUUGGAUGGGCCGGAGAACCCGUGCACAGACUCAAGUUCCGAUUUUGCUCGCGACCGCCACCGAAACUGGUCGCUUGGCAGUGGGGCAGUUCUCACCUUCGAGCCGGAGAGAGUAUUAAUCCAAAGUACGAUGCUCUACCGUUGGAACCCAUCAUCGAAAACAAAAUGGUGACCAACUGUUACUGGGCCAAGCUGGAAAUCAAGAAUUUGCGAAAGGAGGAUGCUCGGAUGUACAUUUUGUUAGUGGAGAGCGAGAAGGGUCGGGACUCAACGAACAUCAAAUUGAUAGUGAGAGACCCCACGGAGAUGCGCGUAAUAGCCGCGGCCGUGGCGGUCGGCCUGUUGUUCCUGUUGCUGUUGAUCUCCAUCAGCGUAUACUCGCUGCUGAGGAUGCGACGUGGACGAUACCGGCAGAAGGUGGAGGAAGAGGGCAGCAUCGCGGCAGAUGCACUUUAUAGUAACGGUGCAUCGAUGGAUCAACAAAAGUCCAUCAAUUCGUCCCACGCAAAGACCUUCGCGAGAAAGUCCAGCUUAGACGACAGCCAGGGCGUAUAUGAUUACAGUCGCAUCGCGAAACAGACGCGUGCCAUGAGCCCAGAAGCGCUGAAGGUCAGAAGAGCACCGGCAGUCUUGCAACCGCCCACUAUCGUGUGAAAUAUACGAUCUCCAUCUCUUUCAUUGAUACCGAGUCCCCUCUCCUCAUCGUUCGAAUCCUAUUCUUUCUAACAAUAAGAUCUACUUUUUAUUGUGCAUU